AUGCAUCAGAACGACACCCUGAUGAAGAAACUUCAACAAACAACUGACAUGGCAGGGCACACUGGAAGAAAUCGGCCGAUUAUUUCUCCCGAGACGUUUUUGCCAUGGAAUGAAAGAAGUAGAACUCCGAGACUACCGUCAUCACCUCGUACAGCGCCAGCUUCCGAUGUCCACCGACGUCCAGCGCUUCCUAACAGAUGGACCCCUGCACCUUCUAUGCAUUCGCUUUCUCCAGCCACAUCUACAUCAAGUGAGGAGACGGAUCGUUCCCAACAAUAUUAUGAUGGACGAAGGUCUCAGGCUGUUGCGACAGAUCUUUUGAUCAAUGAAAUCAUUUCACCCAUACGUUUAAUGCCAAAAGAACGACAUGAAAACUUUGAGUAG